AUGGCCAGCACGACACAGCCAGCGCCCAGACACAAUGGGACCAGAGCCGUAAGUUACACACCAGCCCAAAGUGCCCAAGGUGCAAAGCGCAAAGGAACAAGGAUGAAUAGCAUAUCAACCGAUCUCUUGCCUGCAAUAGAGGAAGCAUUAAAGGACGGACCCAAUCUCGCAGGGGAAGGCAACCGAGCGGCAGGCGAGGCCAAUGCCCCAAACGCGGCAGAGGGUGAAAGAAAAAUCCUGGUGAAUCAAGACCGAUUGGACCCCGCGAUGUCAAGGCCAAUAAAUAGGGAAGCGUCAGUACGUGGAGAGGAGAUACAGAGGGAAAUGAUGAGGCACAUGACAACAGCGGCUCAUCCAAGCCCAUCCUCAUUAAGAAUAAGAUACCAGCAUCGAUGGGAUUUCGUCAGACAGCACAGAUCAAGGCAGCAGAGAUCACGGCCGUCGCACUCCUCCAUCCCACCACAAGAGAGCGUACCACCACUCCCAUCAAUGAGGAUGAACGCCCAACCGCCAAUUACACAAGGGCCGCCAAAAACAGCAAUGUCCGCUUUCACGGUUCUACAAAUAAACCUGAAUCAUUGCCGAGCCGCUCAGGACAUACUAUGGCAAGCAGUGCAUGACUACAAUGUCGACAUCGCCGUGAUCAGUGAGCCGUAUCUCCCAAGACCAGAGUGGCACACAGAUCCAAGCGGAUUCCUGAGCGUGUGGUACGUGGAGAGAGCCCCCAGAACCACCGAGCUGGGUAUAGUACGUAAAGACACACCUCAGACGGUUGCAUUGGCCUAG